AAAAAAUCACCUUUCCGCGCUGCCCCAGGAUGGGUCCAUACAGCGUUGUUCUUGAUUCCCAUCGUAACUUAAAAGGGAAACUUACUCAAUGUCCGGAGCCCUCGAUGUCCUGCAGAUGAAAGAGGAUGAUGUCCUCAAGUUCCUUGCAGCAGGAACCCACCUAGGUGGCACCAACUUUGACUUCCAAAUGGAGCAGUACAUCUACAAGAGGAAAAAUGAUGGUAUCUACAUCAUCAAUCUGAAGAGGACGUGGGAGAAGCUGUUGCUGGCAGCCAGGCCCAUCGUUGCCACUGAGAACCCCGCUGAUGUCAGGGUCAUCUCCUCCAGGAACACUGGACAGCAAACUGUGUUGAAGUUUGCUGCUGCCACCGGAGCCACUCCAAUUGCUGGCCGUUUCACUCCUGGGACCUUCACCAACCAGAUCCAAGAGGAAUUUCAGGGUGAAUGGACAGCGCCAGCGCCAGAGUUCACUGCUGCUCAGCCAGAGGUGGCCGACUGGUCUGAGGGUGUGCAGGUGCCCUCUGUACCCAUCCAGCAGUUUCCUACUGCAGACUGGAAUGCCCAGCCAGCCACUGGGACUGGUCAGCAGCUUCCACAGUGCAGGUCACCGAGUGGGUUGGAGCCACCACUGAGUGGUCCUGAGCUGCUCUGCAGACACUUGAGCAAAGGGAAAAAGGGUGGAAGGAAAAUAAAGUUCCUACGAGCU